GCACCGGGUGCGGCGGGAAUGGAGCCUCCUGCGGCCCCGGGCCCCGAGCGGCUCUUCGAUUCGCACCGGUUUCCGACCGAUGGGUUCCUGCUUCUGGCCCUGCUGCUCUACGCGCCCGUGGGGCUCUGCCUGCUCAUCCUGCGUCUCUUCAUCGGCGUACAUGUUUUUCUGGUCAGCUGCGCCCUGCCUGACAGUGUGCUGCGACGGUUUAUCGUACGUGUGAUGUGCUCAGUGCUGGGCUUAUUUGUGCGGCAGAAUGAUCCCCGGCUUCGUGAUGUCAAUGUGAGGGUGUAUAUUGCCAACCACGUGACACAAUUUGAUCACAACGUCAUCAACCUUCUGACCUCAUGUAAUACGCCGGCACUGAACGGUGCCCCUGGCUUCAUCUGCUGGUCGCGGGGAUUCAUGGAGCUGGGAGUGACAGGCAGCCGCGCGGAGCUGGUGGAUUCCCUCAAGGUGUAUUCAUCCCACCGGGGAAACCCCCCGCUGCUGCUGUUCCCAGAGGAGGCUGCCACCAACGGCCGGGCCGGCCUGCUCCGCUUCAGCUCCUGGCCGUUCUCGGUCCUGGACGUGGUACAGCCGGUGGCCCUGCGAGUUCAGAGGCCGUUGAUCACUGUGAGUGUGGCUGACUCCUCCUGGAUUACAGAGCUGCUCUGGACCUUCUUUGUUCCCUUCACAGUUUAUCAAGUAAGGUGGAUGCCGUCUGUCCCCAGACGAGCUGAAGAACUGAGUGAGGAUUUUGCGCUCCGAGUUCAGGAGCUCUUGGCCAUGGAGCUGGGUGUGGUAUCCACACGGCUCACUGCAGCAGACAAAACCGAGCACAUGAAGAGGCUGAGACACACGUCGCUUCUCCCCUUUGCCCCAGCCUCAAGCCAGCCCCUGGCAGCCAGGCCCAGGGUGCCUUCCAGCCUGACUGGCGCUGCUCCUGAGGAUGUGCGGAUCACAGCGAUGGCUCAGCGGGUCAAGGAGGUGCUGCCUCACGUGCCUCUGGAGGUCAUCAGGAUAGACCUGGCCCAAACCAACUGUGUGGAUACCACCAUUGCCAAUCUGCUGGAGGGGAGAGUACCCUUCUUCCCUGAAAGCAAGGAGGCUGGUCCUGACCUGCCUGUCCCAUCUACCUCCCAGGCUGCAGCUGCUUCUGGCAUCCAGGGCUCCGUGGCUGUGCCGCCUUCCAAGCCAGCCACAAAGCAAUUUGCAAAGUCCCCCGUGGAGCGGCAUCUGUCCUUGCAGGAGCGGAAACGAGCCUUGUACGACUAUGCCAGGAGGUGAGAGCCCGCCCAAGUCCCCGCACCUGCCCCAUGCACGGGUCAGCCCCCGCUCUGCCCCUGCCCUCCCGCUCCUCUCCUCCGCCCCAGGCAGCAGCACGGCCGCAGGGAACACGCUGAAGGAGCGAGGAGGCAGGUGUCUCUGCUCCCCCGUGUGCUGGCCCCCAAAUUGCCACUGGGCCCCUGGUUGCAGGGGCACUUGCUGGAAACAGCUGCUGAGAAACAGGACUUAGCAAAACCACCUCAUCCGGUUCUUUGGUGUCAUGGAUUGGACUGAUAGAAGUCAUUGUGGGACUGUAGAUUUCUUUGAAAUUAGUGUUAAUGCUGUGGAACGCUCAUUUUAGGAAGAAGUUUGCUAUUUGGCAAGAGGGACAGUGCAAUUAACCUUCCUCAGUAUAAGUGGAGAAUUACAGAGAACAGGGAGCGAGUUUGAGCUCUGUGCAUGAUCCUGAUGAGGCAGUACUGGAACAAGGGUCCAGCUCUGGCAUCUGGGUGUUUUUUUUAGAAAAGGUACAGAAAAUUCAGAAUGAGUUUGGAGGGGAAGUUAAAGUGUUAAACUUCCUGUGAAUGAGAUGGCACACUGUAAUCUAAUUCUGGGUGAAGGAACCAGGUCCUGAGAGGCUGUUUGAGAGGGAAGCAGAGCAGUAACAGGGUUAGAAGUUGGAGGCAGACAGACUUUGUGCAGGUAACAGGGCAGUUCUUUCUGAAAAGGAGAUGAAUUUAUCAGUGGAAUAAGCUUCCUGCGGAAAUCACAGCUUCUCGGUGCCUGGGUGUUCCCCGGCGAGUGGCUGUGGCUGACCCUCUGGGCGAUGGCAGAGGUGAGGGGGCACUGGGGAGAACCCACCCCGAGUCGCGCUCGGGCGCGGCACGGAGCUCUGCAGUGCUCCAGGAGAGCGUCGCAGGGGCUCGGGGUCGGUUAAACCUUGGAGAGCCGGUGGCCGUUAGACACGGCCUCAGAAGCGGGACGUUCCCACGGUUGGGAGUCGAGGCUAGGCGCGUCCUAAGUGCCUGUUUCCAAAGGGCUAGUCCUGCGUGGCUCCGGGUGCCUCUGGGUCACCAAGAAUUUAAUUUAGACAGAUCUGUUUUUCUGAAAGAUCAUUUCGGUUUAGAGGAAUUCCUUCUCAGAACAGUCCCAUGGCACAGAUAACGUUAGAUGGCCUUAGAGCUGCCCCCCAGACUUUUCAGCGUGAGCAUGGUGGUAGCCGAGGGCUCUUGCUGGAUCCAUUGGGCGCGAUCUGUUCAGCAGCAAAGAAUGGAGCCUGGAAAUCCCUCCCCAUGGGUUCCCCACCUGCCCUUGUUGCAGAUCUUUUACGUCCCUUUUCUGGGGCCGCUCUGGCUGUGCAGUGGUGCUCUCUGUCCGUUACUGGGAGGCUCCCGGCAGGAUCCGGGAAGGUGGCUCCCUCCUCCUCUGCCGUUGCGGCCCUG